UGACUGUGACAUUUCUAAGUUGACUGAAGUGUGGUCAUGCUUUGGAUAUACAUUUUAGCUGACUCUUUAAAUUUAAACUCCUGAGCAGUCAUAUUGGGAGAAGUAACCAAUGGCCCAGCAGACAAGAUCCAUAAACCUAAAGAUCCAUGAGUUUAGAAGCUGUGCCUGUGGAUACAAAAUUAGAAAUACACUGUGGCAAAAUGCUUCCACCUCUUGCCAACAUGAACACUGAGGAAAAAUGAAGAACACUGAAGCACUCCAACGAAAAGUUGCAGAACAGAAAUAGCCACACUCCUCUGGAGUCUAAUUCAUCCACAGCCAUCAUAAAAAGGUUUUUGCAUCAUGUUUGGAAAGAAAAAGAAAAAGAUUGAAAUAUCUGGCCCAUCUAACUUUGAACACAGGGUUCAUACUGGGUUUGAUCCACAAGAACAGAAAUUCACCGGCCUCCCCCAGCAGUGGCACAGCCUGUUGGCAGACACAGCCAACAGGCCGAAGCCCAUGGUGGACCCUUCAUGCAUCACACCCAUCCAGCUGGCUCCCAUGAAGACAAUCGUUAGAGGAAACAAACCCUGCAAGGAAACCUCCAUCAACGGCCUGCUGGAAGACUUUGACAACAUCUCGGUAACUCGCUCCAACUCCCUAAGGAAAGAAAGCCCGCCCACCCCGGACCAGGGAGCCUCCAGCCAUGGUCAAGGCCAUCGGGAAGAAAAUGGCUUCAUCACCUUCUCACAGUAUUCCAGCGAAUCUGAUACCACUGCUGAUUACACGACCGAAAAGUACAGAGAAAAGAGUCUCUAUGGAGACGAUUUGGAUCCGUUUUAUAAAGGCAGCCCUGCAACCAAGCAAAAUGGGCACGUAAUGAAAAUGAAACACGGGGAGGCCUACUAUUCUGAGAUAAAGCCUUUGAAAUCCGACAUUGCCAGAUUUCCUGUCGAUUAUCACGCACAUUUGGACUCACUGAGCAAACCAAGUGAAUACAGUGACCUCAAGUGGGAGUACCAGAGAGCCUCUAGCAGCCCGCCUCUAGAUUAUCCAUUCCAAUUCACACCUUCUAGAACUGCAGGGACUGGCGGGUGCUCCAAGGAGAGUCUGGCGUACAGUGAAAGUGAAUGGGGACCCAGCCUGGAUGACUAUGACAGGAGGCCAAAGUCGUCGUACCUGAAUCAGACGAGCCCUCAGCCCGCCAUGCGGCAGAGGUCCAGGUCAGGCUCGGGGCUCCAGGAACCGAUGAUGCCCUUCGGAGCAAGUGCAUUUAAAACCCACCCCCAAGGACACUCGUACAGUUCCUACACCUACCCUCGCUUGUCCGAGCCCACAGUGUGCAUUCCAAAGGUGGAUUACGAUCGAGCACAGAUGGUCCUCAGCCCUCCACUGUCAGGGUCUGACACCUACCCCAGGGUCCCCGCCAAACUACCUCAAAGUCAAAGCAAAGCUGGCUAUUCCUCAAGCAGCCACCAGUACCCAUCUGGGUACCACAAAGCCACCCUGUACCACCACCCCUCCCUGCAGACCAGUUCGCAGUACAUCUCCACAGCUUCUUACCUGAGCUCUCUCAGCAUCUCAUCCAGCACCUACCCCCCACCCAGCUGGGGCUCCUCCUCAGACCAGCAGCCCUCCAGGGUGUCCCACGAACAGUUUCGGGCUGCUCUGCAGCUGGUGGUCAGCCCAGGAGACCCUAGGGAAUACUUGGACAACUUUAUCAAAAUCGGAGAAGGGUCAACCGGCAUUGUGUGCAUCGCAACCGAGAAACACACAGGGAAACAAGUUGCAGUGAAGAAAAUGGACCUCCGAAAGCAACAGAGACGAGAACUGCUCUUCAAUGAGGUUGUGAUAAUGCGGGAUUACCACCAUGACAAUGUGGUUGACAUGUACAACAGCUACCUUGUCAGUGAUGAGCUCUGGGUGGUCAUGGAGUUUCUAGAAGGCGGUGCCUUGACAGACAUCGUUACUCAUACCAGAAUGAAUGAAGAACAGAUAGCUACCGUCUGUCUGUCGGUUCUGAGAGCUCUCUCCUACCUUCACAAUCAAGGAGUGAUUCACAGGGACAUAAAGAGUGACUCCAUCCUGCUGACGAGCGAUGGCCGGAUAAAGCUGUCUGACUUUGGUUUCUGUGCUCAAGUUUCCAAAGAGGUGCCGAAGAGGAAAUCGUUGGUUGGCACUCCCUACUGGAUGGCACCCGAGGUGAUUUCUAGGCUACCUUAUGGGACAGAGGUGGACAUCUGGUCCCUCGGGAUCAUGGUGAUAGAAAUGAUCGAUGGCGAGCCCCCCUACUUCAACGAGCCUCCCCUCCAGGCGAUGCGGAGGAUCCGGGACAGUUUACCUCCAAGGGUGAAGGACCUACACAAGGUUUCUUCAGUGCUCCGGGGAUUCCUAGACCUGAUGUUGGUGAGGGAGCCUUCCCAAAGAGCCACAGCCCAGGAACUCCUCGGACAUCCCUUCUUGAAACUAGCAGGUCCACCAUCUUGCAUCGUUCCCCUCAUGAGACAAUACAGGCAUCACUGAGCAGGGGAUUCAUGCAGGUGACAAAGCUAGAUGAGGACAUGAGAGUAAUUCAGGAGAACACGAGGAAACCACAGAACGUGCAAAGGCCUGUGCAUUCUAGACCAGCUGAUUGGUGGGACAGUGUGAUGACCAGCAGGGUUCAACAGACCAGGGCAUCUUCUUGGGUCUUAAACAGGCAUCUCUCCACUGACAGCUGGCGUGGUCAUUUGGAACACUGCUUUAAUAAGUCAUUAUUAUAUUUUUCAGCCCUUCAUUCAGCAAAUCAGAAAGACUCAGUACAAACUCCGUUAUGAUACAUCCUAGCCACAUGCAGGGUAACGCAUAGGAUUUUCUAUAUUGAAAGAAUACUUUUCUGGCAAAAAAAAAAAAA